AUAGGAUCGUUCUAGAUAUAGGAAGUUUAUAUAUAAAAGCCGGAUUUAGCGGUGAAUCUAGGCCAAGACACAUUGUUCCUGUAUUUGCUGGCAAUAUGAAGACACACUGGGAUCCAGAUUUUAACGGAAGUGGAGGUGUUGUGAAAGCUUGUGGAGAAGGCUGUAGAAUUAUUGGUGAGUUUGCUGAAUUAUUCGACUUAGAAAUCGGAAAGAAUCCUGAUGAAUUGGAUGCUUUAUAUGAUCGCUUGGCACAUUAUUUAAGAGAAAUUUAUUUCAGGUACCUAUUAACAGAUCCUAAACAACGCAAAGUUGUAUUAUGCGAAUCACCUAUGAUGCCUUUAAAACUGAAGCAACUGAUCGCAAAAGUGCCAUCUAUUUCUUUCGCUCCGUCACAUAUGUUGGCCUUGUUAACUACAGGCUGUACGACUGGUUUGGUAAUAGACGUUGGGCAUUUAGAAACAACUGUACUGCCAACAUUUUCUGCACGGCCUUUGACACCCUUUAUUCGUACAACUCCCUUAGCGGGCCGUGCAUUAACACAACGGCUCAAGGAGUUGAUUUCUACUUAUGGUGAUAUGAUGAUUCCACCUGAGAAUAAAGUAGAACCUGUUCGUGCUAAAUACCUUACACCUGCUGUACUUGAAGAUAUAAAAACUCGGUUUAUUUUUGUAAGUCCAAUAACGGUUGAAGCAACAGCUGGAGUGGCUGAAAAAACGUUAAUCGAAGAUAUGGAAAAGAAAUAUGCUACAGUUUGUUCUGCAACUGAUGUGUCAUAUCCUAUCACUAUAAGCAAAAGUGGACGAGAUCGACAAAUGGGAACUUUAAUUAUACCUGGUUGGAUUAGGGAACGUUGUGCAGAAGUUCUUUUUGAAGGGGAUGAAGAUGAAUCUAGUAUAGUUGGAUGUGCACUCGAGUGUUUGUUAAAGACACCAAUUCAUCUCCGUCGCCCUCUUUUUUCUUCAAUUCUUCUCAUUGGUGGCACUACCUUACUUCCUAAUUUUCAGCAAAGGUUUGCACAAGAAGUUCUUCGUGCUUUGAAUAAGGAUCGAAGGUUUAAAUCUUUAAGUGGACUUGCAGAUCAUUUCGAAUUUUUAGAAGACGGUGGAAGUGGUAAAGUUUUUGUAGCCAAUUGUCGAGCUUGGGUUGGUGGUUCUCUAAUUGGAUCACUCAAAUCUACUGUUGUUGAAAUCACUAGAGAGAAAUAUACAGGAGAAGUACCUGAUUGGACGACACCAAAUGUUCCAUCAACUACAUCAUAA